AUGACACACGUUGAUAACUCGAUUGCCCGUAUGUUCCGUUCGAAUACAACAAUUCAACAGUCGACUUGUUCAAUAAUCUCACAAUUUUGUAACCUUCAACAACGAUUUUUAAAUGAUAUCGAAUCAGUUUGUGAUCAAUUACAGACUCUUAAAGAUCUCAUCGACGUACUUCUAGACACGAACAAAAUAGCAACGCUCAAGCAAUACAAAAUAAAGAAUAGAAUUGAAGUGAUUGUUUGUGGAGCAAAAUCAUCGGGGAAGACAUCUUUUAUUCAUGAACUUCUCCGAUGUGGUCAAUUUCUACCCACCGAUAUCAAUGGUAUUUCACAACGGAACGUCAAAUUUUCCUAUGCUGCUUCUAAUAAAGCUUGUUUAAUCCUACACGAAACGAAUGGGCAAACAGUCUCAUCUACGAAUCGUAUUAAUCUAUCAUCAUUUUUCAAAACGCACAUCGCUUCGGAAGAAUUAAAGGCAACGCUUGCACCUUAUCUACUUCAAGGAGAACAUACCAUUGAAUCAGACGACUGGAAAGCAUCUCUCGUUGAACUCUGUUUUCCAUCAAAUUUCCUACAAUCAAAUAUUGAUGUAUACGAAAUAUCAACAAUUACCGCAAUAAAGAAUAUUCAUCUAACAAAUCCAUAUUUUCUAUUCGUUUACGAAGGUGCUACCAUCUCCGAUGAGACAAAAACAUAUUACGAACAACUGCGACUAACUCUUGGUGAUACCGUUCAUGAUAAUAUAUUCUUUCUCAAUACUGAAAUCGAUCUCGACGAUGAUCGAGAACGAAAUCGUCGAUAUGAAAAUUUAAGAGAUGUUCUGACCAUGAAUAACCGAUUGCCUCGCACAUGUGACGAAUGCAAUUGCUUUGAUAUUUUUAGUAGUGAACAUCCACGACAGAACGUUAUCGAUCGUAUCGUUCGUUUUGUUUUCGAUAGUGCUUUACGAAACACUCAAGAAGUCAGCACGAUUAUGUUGGAUGCCAUUGAUACAUUUUUCGAUUUCGUUCUAAUGACAAAUCAGCGUUCGGCAAGAAAAUGGAACCGUCUACGAGAAGGAGCAUUACAUUGGGCGACGGAAUUCUUCCAACAAUAUCGUUUACAGGCCGAUGCCAUCGGUGACGAAGCACAAAAACAGUUGUCUGUUCGAUUACGUCAGCAACGCAAACAACUAGCGAAGAAAAUAGUUGCAUAUAGAAGAGAACGAAGUGAACAUUUGGAUUUGCAAGUUUCAAGCGUUAGUUUGAUUAAUGCUAUCCAACCAAUUGAAAUAUUCGAUGAUAGAAAUUUUUUGCGUUCAAUUCUUCAGGAAGAAAUUGUCCGACCGGUUUUAAGUAAAAUUUUCAAUCAAAUCAAUGAUCGAGUCAGUACGCACAUCGACCAGAACUUAGUCGAGAAACAAUCCAUUAGACACAACGAAUUAAUUCUCGCAGCUUACCGUGAAUUUCUUGAUCGCAUCAAGAUUAUCGAUACGACAAAACGUCGAGAUUAUUUCAAAAAGCAAUCGUUCAAAGAAAUUCUCGUCGGAAUCAGCGGACUAAUGAAUACGCUUGGAACACUGUUCUCGAUUAAAGAAUUGGAUAUUGACUCUUCCGAUGAACACAUCAUUGAGGAAGACGUCGAACGAAGUUUUGUCGACAUUGGUGAAAGCAUUAAACGGAAUAUUCGAGAUGAAGUCGAAUCGAAUGAAAGAUUUGUUAAGCAGAAAAUUCAUGCUUACCAUCAAGCUGCUUUAGCCACUGCAAAUAUCCGGCAACAAGCAUAUCGAUUAGCUCGAUCUUUUGCACCGCAAUUUGCUCGCCUCGAAUGUCUUCUGCUCGCUAACUUAGAUUUAACUAAACAUUAUGGAAGGACACCGACGAUCAAUUUGGGCGAAACUUUGGGUCACGGUGGCUUCUUUUCUGUACAUCCUGCCUCGUGGGAUACAGAACGAGAUCUUGUAGCUAAAAUUCUACUGGAUUCAAGCAAAUCGUCCGAUUUUGCUUAUAUGGAGGCACACUUUCAUCGGACGAUAACUCGAUUGAACAUUGAACAUAUCGUUCCAUUACAUUCGCUGCAUUAUGACAAUCAAAACGAUCGAUUGUAUAUUCUUCUUCGGCGCUACCCUAUGAGUUUACAUACUUAUCUGACAAAUCACAUGGCGGAUUUAACCAUGAGCGAUGCUAUGCGUAUUCUACUUCAUAUAAGUCGUGCUAUAGCACAUAUGCAUGUGCAAAAUCUUAUUCAUCGCGAUAUUAAAACUCAAAAUAUUUUGCUCGAUGAUCACAGAAACGUCUUUCUAGCUGACUUUGGCACGUGUCAACAUGGUUCAGAAAAUCAUACGAUCAUUGGUUCGCAACCUUUACCCCCAGAAUUUCAUCAUAACCGUAGAUCAACAGCUUUUUCAUAUACAGGCACCGCUGUCGAUGUGUUUUCACUUGGAGUAUUGAUGUAUGCUCUUGCACCGAAAGCAGUUUAUCAGAAUCCACGUGAUAGCAUCACAGAAGCUGAUAUCCGUGAGCUCAUUCAUAUGCCUGAGCGUUACAGAACUCUGAUACUCGACUGCAUUCAUCCGAAUGCCAGUACACGACCAACCGCGGCUCAAGCUGUUGAACAACUAACGAUGAUUGCUGAGCAAGUUGCCAAAGGAAAGGAAUGCUUGAUGUGUUUUGAAUAUCCAAUCUUUAGUCGAUGUUUACCAUGUGGUCAUAAGACAGUGUGUGGAAAAUGUUUUGUAAUCUUGCAACAGCGUGCAACGACAAGAAAUCAACCACAAUGUAUCGUUUGUCAGCAAGCGAUUGCUAAUACGCGUGAAGAUACUGAUAAUGCUACGUUCGUAGAAAUUCAUCCUUCAUUUUGA